GGCAAGGCUGGAUUAAACAUUAAUGCAGCUGUUAUCACUGCCUAAAGGAGCAAGCAACCCUGGACCAAGGUGCAGAGCUCUUUAGUGGCCCCAGGGUGAGGACGUGGUGACAGGUAGACAUGGUUCAAUUUUCCGAGGUCCUGGCUGAAAUAGGCGACUUCGGUCGCUUCCAGAUACGGCUGUUGCUACUGCUGGCUAUUCCCUUCUUCUUGAGCUCCUUCCACAUGUUUGCCCACGUCUUCAUGGUCCUGAAUGAGGACCAUUACUGUUCAGUUGCCUGGGUCAAGAACGACACUUUCAACUUCAGUGCUGCUGAGCAGCUGCUCCUGAGCGUGCCUCUGGAUGCUUCAGGCAACCCUGAGUCCUGCCUCAUGUUCCGGCCACCCCCUCCCAAUGCCAGCCUGGAGGACAUCCUCAGCCACCGCUUCAAUGAGACAGAGGCUUGUGAGACGGGCUGGGAGUAUCCUGAACACAAGGCCCUAUCCCUAACGAAUGAGUUCAACCUAGUUUGUGACCGGAAGCCACUGAGGGAGACCUCACAAUCAGUGUAUAUGGCGGGGCUCCUCGUUGGCGCUCUCAUCUUUGGGCCCGUCUGUGAUCGGAUUGGCCGCAAGGCCGCUAUCCUGGUGCAGCUGCUAAUCUUUGCCGUCAUGGGCCUGUCCACUGCCUUUGUGAACAGCUUCGAUCUGUACAUGGUCCUGCGCUUUGCUGUGGCUACUGCCGUCUCUGGAUAUGCCUUCAGCGGUAUUUCCCUACUUGCAGAGUGGGUGGGGCCCUCGUGGAGGACCCAGGCCAUGGUCAUAAUCCAGUGCUUCUUCUCCCUUGGAGAGAUUGUGCUGGCAGGUCUGGCCUACGGCAUCCAGAACUGGAGGCACCUCCAGAUUGCCGGCUCAGCGCCUGUCUUGCUGCUCUUCUUCUACUUGUGGGUUCUGCCAGAAUCUGCACGGUGGCUCCUGAUCAAGGGGAGAGUCGAAGAGGCCAAACAAGUGAUCCAGAAAGCAGCCUUGGUGAACAGGCGGAAACUCUCCCCAGAGCUCCUGAGCCAGCUGGCUGUAGAGAAGACAGGCCCCUCAGGGAAUGUCCUGGAUCUAUUAAGAAAACCCCAGCUCCGGAAGAUGACCCUGAUUCUCUUCUUAGUCUGGUUCGUGGACAGUCUGGGCUACUACGGCCUGAGCUUACAAGUGGAGGAGUUUGGCCUGAACAUCUACCUGACCCAGCUAAUCUUUGGAGCAGUCGAGGUGCCUGCCCGCCUCCUCAGCAUCUUCAUGAUGCAGUGGUUUGGCCGCAAGUGGAGCCAGUUGGGGACUUUGGUUCUGGGGGGCCUCAUGUGUAUCAUCAUCAUCUUCAUCCCAGCAGAUCUGCCCACAGUGGUCACUGUGUUGGCCGUGAUGGGGAAGUUCGCCACGACUUCUGGAUUUACCAUCUCCUACGUGUACUCUGCUGAGCUCUUCCCCACUGUCCUCAGGCAGUCGGGCAUGGGACUGGUGGCUGUCUUCUCAAGGGCCGGGGGCAUCAUCGCACCUCUAGUGAUCCUGCUGGGCGAGUACUAUGCAGCGCUCCCCAUGAUCAUCAUUGGCACCUUCCCCAUUGUGGGGGGCUUGCUCUGUGUACUGCUGCCAGAGACACGUGGCCAGCCCCUGAAGGAUACUAUCGAGGACCUGGAGCAGGGGCCGCAACCCCGGACUUUGAAGUUAGCACCCUCAGAAAAGGAAACGGAGGCCUCAGGGAAAACAUCCAUCCCAGGGGGGGCCUUCGUGAACAACACGCAUUUCUGAUUUCAUCCCCCUGCACAUGGCUGGGACUGGCAAGCAAGACCAGCUUUGCUGAUGGAGGCAACACACCAGGACCUGACUCAGCGCCAGCCCUCCCUGCCGAGCCCAGUCCCAGAGGCACCUGGGACAGGGGCUCCCUCCGUUCAUCAUCUUUCUUAUCCCCAGAGCCCCACCCCCAACACUGUCUUCUGGGGAAGGGUCUCCGGGGUUUUCUGUUCUCUGAUAGUCUUGUGGGAGUGUGGCUCCCACGAUCCCCUCAAUCUGGGGUCCCCUUUCCUUUAAACCACAGUGAAACCUAGAACAGGACACCCAGGUAGAGCCCUUCCUAGUGUGUAGAGUAUAAGAAGAAAUAUCUUAAAGUUGUGGAUUCCAUCCAGGAAGGUGGAUGAA